AUGAGUCCCUCAAGAAACAUAAUAACACUAACCAUUGUCCUUCCUUUCUUCUUCCUCAUUCUUUCAUCCACAAAAGCGCAGACAAACAACCAAACCAUAAGCCCCAAUCCCCUUCCAAACCCCAACCCUUACGAAACCGUAAACAAUUUUUGUCUCCACAAACGGCUUAAUGUCGCCAAACCGUUUUGCCUCAGAGUCCUUAAGAACCCUAAUGCCGCAAACGCAAAAACAAACGACCUUAAUCCCCUCCUCCAAGUUGCCAUAAACUCGACCUCAUCGUUUGUAAAUCGAACCCUCAAUCAACUCUUGGAUAUGUCUGAGGACCUCACGACAAAACCCGAUUUGAUCCCAGCCAUCGAUAGUUGCCUCGCAUCUUACGAAAACAUAGCAGAAUAUAUCAAAAACGUUUUGUUGGAUGCUUCUCAAGAGUCAACCAUUGCAGGAUUAGACGGUGAGGUGAUUGUGGAAUAUAUAAAUGGAUGCAUAAAGGCCGUAGCUAGGACAAAUGAUCCAGACAUUGGGGACUGGAAUAACGAGGCCAAGAGUUAUGCCAAGCUGUUGAUAGACAUUGCUGAUGGUCUCACCAGCAAAGAAGCUAAAUAA